AGGAACGCUGGAGCUCAGGGAAAGCAAUGAUGGCCGAGAAAGGCAUCUGGUAUUGUCCUUCUGCCACCGUCUUAAAAGGGAUUCUGAAGGGAUUUUCUUUCCCUUGUUCCUCCAGCCCUCCACUUGCAUUACUGGCCUGAGUGAGUUCUCCCCAGCUGGCCACGUCCAUCAUUACAGCCAGGUUUGAGGAUUCCUGAUUCUACUUAGAGCCGGUGGCGCUGCAGACACAAACAGUCCUUAGCGGACAACUCUAUUGUAACAAACCAUGCUUUAAAAUGUAAACCCGGGAGCGUGUUUUUUGUUUUUUUUUUUUUUUUUUUUUUCCUCACGUUGUCCAGAAGCAACCUUUCUUCCUGAGCCUGGAUUAAUCAUGAGAGAGCUUGUCAACAUUCCACUGUUACAGAUGCUCACCCUGGUUGCCUUCAGCGGGACUGAGAAACUUCCAAAAGCCCCUGUCAUCACCACGCCUCUUGAAACUGUAGAUGCCUUGGUUGAAGAAGUAGCGACUUUCAUGUGUGCCGUGGAAUCCUACCCUCAGCCCGAGAUUUCUUGGACCAGAAAUAAAAUUCUCAUUAAGCUGUUUGACACCCGCUACAGCAUCCGGGAGAAUGGUCAGCUCCUCACCAUUCUGAGCGUGGAAGACAGUGAUGAUGGCAUCUACUGCUGCAUAGCCAACAAUGGAGUGGGAGGAGCCGUGGAGAGUUGUGGUGCCCUGCAAGUGAAGAUGAAACCUAAAAUAACUCGUCCUCCCAUUAAUGUAAAAAUAAUAGAGGGAUUGAAGGCAGUUCUGCCGUGCACUACGAUGGGUAACCCCAAACCAUCUGUGUCCUGGAUCAAGGGGGACAAUGCUCUCAGGGAAAAUUCCAGAAUCGCAGUUCUUGAAUCUGGGAGCUUAAGGAUCCAUAAUGUGCAAAAGGAAGAUGCAGGACAGUACCGCUGUGUGGCCAAAAACAGCCUGGGCACAGCUUACUCCAAACUGGUGAAGCUGGAAGUGGAGGCUCUUAAUAUGACAAAUGCCACAGAGAGAGAAGACAGAGAACCUGAGCAGGACGCUAAAGUUUUUGCAAGAAUCCUGCGUGCUCCUGAAUCCCACAAUGUCACCUUUGGUUCCUUUGUAACCCUACGCUGCACAGCAAUAGGCAUCCCUGUCCCCACCAUCAGCUGGAUUGAAAACGGAAAUGCUGUUUCUUCAGGUUCCAUUCAAGAGAGUGUGAAAGACCGAGUGAUUGACUCAAGACUCCAGCUCUUCAUCACAAAGCCAGGACUCUACACAUGCAUAGCUACCAAUAAGCACGGAGAAAAGUUCAGUACCGCAAAGGCUGCAGCCACUGUCAGCAUAGCAGAAUGGAGUAAGUCACAGAAAGACAGCCAAGGCUACUGUGCCCAGUACAGAGGGGAGGUGUGUGAUGCAGUCCUGGCGAAAGAUGCUCUUGUCUUCUUCAACACCUCCUACCGGGACCCCGAGGACGCCCAGGAGCUGCUGAUCCACACUGCGUGGAAUGAGCUGAAGGCUGUGAGUCCACUGUGCCGGCCAGCUGCUGAGGCUCUGCUGUGUAACCACCUCUUCCAAGAGUGCAGCCCUGGAGUGGUACCUACUCCCAUGCCCAUUUGCAGAGAGUACUGCCUGGCGGUAAAGGAGCUCUUCUGUGCAAAGGAAUGGCAGGCAAUGGAAGGAAAGGCCCACCGGGGCCUCUACAGAUCUGGGAUGCAUCUCCUUCCGGUACCAGAGUGCAGCAAGCUUCCCAGCAUGCACCGGGACCCCACAGCCUGCACAAGACUGCCAUAUUUAGAUUAUAAAAAAGAAAACAUAACAACAUUCCCGUCAAUAACGUCCUCCAGGCCGAGCGCGGACAUUCCAAACCUGCCUGCCUCCACCUCUUCCUUUGCCGUCUCGCCUGCGUACUCCAUGACCGUCAUCAUCUCCAUCGUGUCCAGCUUUGCCCUGUUUGCUCUUCUCACCAUCGCUACUCUCUAUUGCUGCCGAAGGAGGAAAGAAUGGAAAAAUAAGAAAAGAGAGUCGACCGCGGUGACCCUCACCACGUUGCCUUCCGAGCUCCUGCUGGAUAGGCUCCAUCCCAACCCCAUGUACCAGAGGAUGCCACUCCUUCUGAAUCCUAAGUUGCUCAGCCUGGAGUAUCCGAGGAAUAACAUUGAGUAUGUCCGAGACAUCGGAGAGGGGGCGUUUGGAAGAGUCUUCCAAGCAAGGGCCCCUGGCUUGCUGCCUUAUGAACCUUUCACUAUGGUGGCCGUGAAGAUGCUUAAGGAAGAGGCCUCUGCAGACAUGCAAGCGGACUUUCAGAGGGAGGCGGCCCUCAUGGCAGAGUUUGACAACCCCAACAUUGUGAAACUCUUAGGUGUGUGUGCCGUUGGGAAGCCGAUGUGUCUGCUCUUUGAAUAUAUGGCCUAUGGUGACCUCAAUGAGUUCCUCCGAAGUAUGUCCCCGCACACUGUUUGCAGCCUCAGCCACAGUGACCUGUCCACGAGGGCUCGGGUGUCUAGCCCUGGUCCUCCACCACUGUCCUGUGCAGAACAGCUCUGCAUUGCCAGGCAGGUGGCAGCUGGCAUGGCCUACCUUUCAGAGCGCAAGUUUGUCCACCGGGACUUAGCUACCAGGAACUGCCUGGUUGGGGAGACCAUGGUGGUGAAAAUUGCAGACUUUGGCCUCUCCAGGAACAUCUAUUCCGCAGACUACUACAAAGCUGAUGGAAAUGACGCCAUCCCUAUCCGCUGGAUGCCGCCCGAGUCUAUCUUCUACAACCGCUACACCACUGAGUCGGAUGUAUGGGCCUAUGGUGUGGUCCUCUGGGAGAUCUUCUCCUAUGGGCUGCAGCCCUACUAUGGAAUGGCCCACGAGGAGGUCAUUUACUAUGUGAGAGAUGGCAACAUCCUCGCCUGCCCUGAGAACUGCCCCUUGGAACUGUACAACCUCAUGCGCCUGUGUUGGAGCAAGCUGCCUGCUGAUAGACCCAGCUUCUGCAGUAUCCACAGGAUCCUGCAGCGCAUGUGCGAGAGAGCAGAGGGAACGGUGGGUGUCUAAAGUUGACCAUUCUCAAACAACACCCAGGAGGCUCUUUUCAGACUGUGAGCUGGAGGAACCCUACCGCAGAGGCCGUGUAAGACCAGAUAGGAGGAGUUUAACUCAGACAUCACGUGCCAGUUGAUUGUUUGCCAGGAGAAACAGAUGGUGAAUAUCCCACAGGGUUAAAGAGUCACAUCAAAAUAGGUUGGAGAUACAGGCUAGGAAAGAGGACAGCAGGUAGCUCCUCUCCCUCACAGGGACCGUUUCUAAUAUAUAUUGCAUAAUAAGAACAUCCCGGUUACGUUCCUACAUAAUCUCUCAGAGCGAGACUGCAGUGCUUAGGUUGAAUCCAAAACUGGAUGGGCAACUUCAUUUUUAACAGAAGACAUCCUGCCCAUUGCAAAAGCAAUGUGUCUUUGUGUAUAUUUAGGUAAAGGACUGAAAACUAAAGAUAGGAAUCCCUUCUUCCACCAGUCAAGACACGUGGCAGGGUCUUGCUGUUGUUUAGUUCUUCCUUGCACAGAAUAUGUAACGUUGUAUUUGCAUUCUGGAAUUGAGUAUCUAUUUUACUGAUAGACUUUUGAAGAAUAAAAAGUGGAAAGCCUGCAGGCUCUGUGCUGACUGCAAUUCCUGGCUCCGUUUCCUGGCUGUCCUCUAGAGGUCCUUCCUUGGUGUGCACACAUCAUGGAUGUGACUCACCUCAUUCCUCCUGUUGGUUUGGGUUUUUUUUUUUUUCCUAGAAAAAAAAUAUUUCAUAACGUAUCAGUUAGUCUACUUCUUUCUUUGAGAACUGUAUUGGCACAUCUUCAUUAAAAUAUGUUACAAAUACUUUUUUUUUUUUUACUUCUGUCAAGUAUCACCUUUUCCUUCUGUCAGCUCUUGAAUUUGCUGUACAGUAAUUCUGAUGCCACAGACCACUAACUAUUGUAAAGCAUGAGGUGUAAUGUUGGAUUGCAAGGAGCUCUGUGGCUCCAUGCUAUUUCACAAGGAAUGUUUUUGUGCAUUCUGAUGUGCUAUCUAUACAAGGCAUUUUUGAUUGAUUGGUCAUACGAUUAGCAGUGUGCGGCUUCGUAGCUUCUGCACAGUGAAUCCUGGACUCAGGUCCCCCAGUGCAUAAAUUUCUCAGUGAAGACCUCCCCAUACACAUAAGGACUCUAUGGACAUGAUUUAUAAUCCCUAUGUGGUUUUGAGCCUACACUGUAUGCCUUAUUUCCCUAAGGGUUUUCAAUGACUAGGAAGAAAGCCAAUUCUAGUAUUAACAAUUUAAGUCCAUCUAAACAUCCAAUAGAUGGCAUGGUUGUCUCAGCAUGAGUUCUAAUUGCAUUUUUAGUUAAAAUCAUUAAAUUAUUUCCUCAGUGAUUUUAUAAUCACUAAGUAUUAGACCAUUAGCUCGUUACAGUUUGCUAUAAUAUAAUAACAUAGGUCCAGUGUCAUUUUCUUCUCUGAACAAAUAUUUUUCACACUGUGGACUCGCUAUAGCAACAUAAAAGGAGAUGCAUGUUACCAAAUGCAGCACAGUAUCAGUAAGUCACAAGUAAGUCUAUGUCAGUGCCCAGAUGCCAAACACAGCAAGAAUACCAGGUCAUUUUGCACAUGAUUCUCAAACGCAUUCCCUAGUAUGUAUCGGAACCGAGCAGGAAAAAAAAAAUCAGCUUUCCAUCACUUCAUAGCUUAUUAUUAAUCUGUUAAUGUCAUUAGUCUAAAAGUUAACAUAAAUUCUGAAUAAUAUCAACUUUACAGAUAUCCCAUACGUUAAUUGAUCUUAGACUUUGAAUGUGUGAGGUUCUCCUAAUAUUUAUCAUCAUAAACAGUAUUUUGAUCACCCACAUUUGUACACAUCUCUAAAUAUCUCUAAAGAAGGAGAUGUAUGGACCACAAGGCAUGCACAAUAUUAAAACUUUUGUUAUGGGGGCAGAGAGAUGGCUCAGUGGUUAAAAGCACAUACUGCUCUCGCUAGGACUGGAGUUUGACUCUCACCACCCAUCUGACAGCCACCUGUAAUAUCAGGUCCCAGGGGAUCCAACGUUCCUGGCCUCCAAGGGCACCUGCAAGGGCACCUGCACUCAUGUGCACAUACCCAUACACAGAUACACAUACACACAUGCAUCAUUAAAAUAAUAAAAAUAAAACUUUUGUUACAUUGUCAUAGUCUCUCAGUCUCUAGAAAUGUUUCCAUAGUUCCGUAGACCAUGAUAACUUGUAAAAUUAAGCACUUGCUAUGAUAGAAAAUGAAUACUCUUGUAUCAGUUUUGUGUGGGUAUGUGUAUAUGCACACACACACACACACACACAGAGAGACUCACACAUGAUGCACAGUGUCAUAAUGCACAUGGAGAGAUCAGAGGACAACCUCUAGUGUUGGUUUUUGUCUUCUAUCUUGUUUGAGACAGUCUCUUGUUUUUGUUGCUGUGUGUGCUAGCCUAGCUGACUUCAGAGUGCCUGGGCAUUCUCCUGUCUCCUCCUCCAUGUUGCUGUAGAAGCUUGGAGACUAUUUACAGCAUCAGGCUUGAUGUGGGUUCUGGAGACCUGAACUUGGGUCUUCACCCUUGUGUGGCAACAAGUUAACCCACCCAAUAUUCUCUGUCUUAGAUAAAAAAGAGAAUGCCAUUUUUAUUUUAUUUUUUUAAAUCACGUGUGAAAUUGAGCUAGGCAUGGCAGCACAAGCCUUUCGUCUCAACACUUGACAGCCUAGCCAGGAAAGAGCACAAAUUCCAGGCUAGCUAUGAUGGUACACUUAGCAAAACUCAGCAAAAGUGAAAAUUGAUGUUUUCUUUUUCUUAGAGCAUUUAUAAUUUUAUUUAAGUAGUUACUUACAUUCUAAUUGUAUUCAUUUUAGAAUUGAAAUAUAAGGUUUAUUUUAUAAAAACUGUAUUAGACUUCUGUUAUACUUUAAAUAAAAGAGAAAAUAGAUAUAUAUUUUACCUUAAAUGUUGCUUUCUUCUUGUAAAUGUAGUAAUUUCUUGUGAAAAGAAAAAAAUCACAAGCAAAGUACAUUAAUGGCAUACACUUCACAAUAAUAAUAAACCAUUGUAAGGAUGAAGAAACACCGGCUACUGCUUAUUAAUUUUAAUAUAGAAAAAUAUUCUUUCACCAUUUAUCAAUGCGUAGAUAGGGGAGGUAGACAUAUAAUAGAAGAUAGAUGAUAGAUAGAUAGAUAGAUAGAUAGAUAGAUAGAUAGAUAGAUAGAUAGAUAGAUGCAUACAGUUACAGAGUUAGGUGUAUAAAUGAUAAAUGAAAGCUAUAUAGAUAGGUCAGCAGAUGAUUGAUAGAUGAUAGAUACACAGACAGACAGGAAAUAAAUUAAAGCUAAACAGACAGAAUGAUUCUGCUAAACAGGUUUGAACUGCAUCCUUAUUAUCUAAUAUGGUCUAUAUCAACCCUAACGUAUUCGAUAUAAUACGAUUCAUGUACAAAUUACUUGUAAUGAUUGCAUAGUAUUUAUGAAUUUAUCAGUUUCAUAAUAUAGUAAUCCAUUGUUGGAAUUAGGCUUGUAUCUAUUUUUCAUAAUAAAAUAUAAUCUUUCAUAAUCUUUGUUGCUAGAUAUCGUGAGCAUUUUUCUUAAGUAAUUUCUUUAGAUAUCACUCCUAGAAGUGGAAUUUCUAGAUUAAAGGGUACUUGUACUUUAAUGAUUUUGAACAUAUUACACCUCUUGAUUAAUUUACUAAUGCAUCUAUCUUCCAGACAGAUGGCAGAGCCCAUUUCUUUUGGCCUCACCAAUACUAAGUGCAUUAGCAUUGUGACCACUGACCACAUGGUCGCCUAGAAUACUUCAUGCAGCUUGCACUUACAUCAUUUGAAUACUGUUUAUGUUAAAUAUCUCUCAGUGUUUGGGGGACAGCUAUGAUUUGUGAGAUACUAAUAUUUUUCUGUUGAGUGUAUCACUUGCUCAUUGCUUCAUGAAAGCACUUUAUAAAGCAUUAAAUUUUUUCUUACAUAUUUGAAAAAUUGCUAUCAUGUUAAAAUAUAUACACUAGAUUUCUGUGUUGUUGUUAUCAGUUCUUAUUCAUUGGAAAAUGAUGCUGAAUUUUUACACAUUCAAAUGACUAUUUUUCCCUAGUUGAUAUGUUAAUAAUGUACAACUGUAUAAAUUGACUUCCUAAUAUUGAAACAACCUUGUAUUCUGAGAAUAAACUCUCUUUGGAUUUCAAUCUUA